AUGUGUACUAGUCGUCCAUCUUCAGCUCACAAACACGAGGUGCAGAUACAUGGGAAAGGGUAUGUUGUUGACUUACACACUCGUACAUGCACAUGUGGAUAUUGGGGACUUUAUGGAAUUCCUUGCUGCCACGCUGUUUCAGCCAUUCGUUCUAUGAGAUUUAAUCCUGAGGCGUAUGUGCAUCGGUACUUGCAACUGGAAUAUGUGAAAAAUUCAUACAAGUAUCCAAUUCCAGCUUCAGAAGGACCUCAAGCUUGGCUGCCCGUGGAAGGGUACAAAAUCUACCCACCAAAGAUGAGGAAACUUCCUGGGCGCCCAAAGAAGAAUCGAAGGAAGGAGGCCGCCGAGCUGAUCACGAAGAAUGCUAAAAAUGGUAAUGGUGUGGUUGCUACUAGGCAUCAUAGUAUAGUCCAUUGCAAGAGGUGUGGGGGUGAAGGUCACAACAGGAGGAGCUGCACAAAUCCACCAGCACCACAACCAGCUCCACCGCCUAGUAAAAGGCAAAAACGAGGUGGAAACAAUGGAGGUGCUGCCCCACCGAAUGCACCGGUUGCAGCUGAAAAUGGGCAGCCAAGAAGAAGAAGGCCUCAUUGUUCGAGAUGUGGGGCAGCUAAUCACAACUCGAGAACUUGUCCGUUGAGGGUUGGAGUUCAAAUUGAAAGCAUGGGUACUUGUAGCAGGCAACAAAUGGAACGGGAAGUGCGGAGGGCUGCACAAGGAAUCAGUGUUUACAUUGAUCCCACUUCUGGAAACAUGUAUUCUCGGAUGAGUACUAGAGAUCCACAACAAGGAGGUAGGAGGGGACCGGAUGAACCAGAUCAUCCGCCCAUGAACAGUACUCAACCUCCAUCGACUCAACCCGAGACACAGUAA